AUGUCGAGCUCUGGGGGCAGUUUUCUGGGCCGUUCGGCCAAUAGCAACUCCAACAUGCGCGGCCUCGUGCAGUUCAUCGCCGAUCUGAGGAACGCUAGGGCCCGCGAGUUGGAGGAGAAGAGAAUCAAUAAAGAGCUGGCUAAUAUUCGUCAAAAGUUCAAAGAUGGGAACUUGAGCGGGUACCAUAAAAAGAAAUACGUGUGCAAGCUCCUGUACAUAUAUAUCCUCGGCUGGAACGUCGACUUCGGACAUCUCGAAGCGGUGAAUCUUAUUUCGGCCAACAAAUAUUCCGAAAAGCAGAUUGGCUACCUUGCCAUGACGCUGUUCCUCCACGAGAAGCAUGAGCUCCUGCACCUAGUUUUCAACAGCAUAAGAAAGGACCUCCUUGACAACAAUGAGCUAUUCAACUGCCUUGCUCUCCAUGCUAUUGCCAACGUAGGAGGCCGGGAGAUGGGCGAGGCCCUGAGCGGAGAAGUGCACAGGCUCUUGAUCUCACCUGCCUCGAAAUCAUUUGUGAAAAAGAAGGCCGCUCUCACACUUCUACGGCUCUACCGCAAACAUCCCGAUAUCGUUCAGCCACAAUGGGCGGAACGUAUUAUAUCACUGAUGGAUGACCCGGACAUCGGCGUUGCGCUCUCCAUCACCUCGCUCGUUAUGACGCUAGCCCAGGAUAACCUGGACCAUUACAAGGGAGCGUACGCUAAAGCUGCUGCCAGACUGAAGCGUGUUGUCGUAGAUGGAGAGUACACUCAAGACUACCUCUACUACAAGGUUCCUUGCCCCUGGCUUCAGAUCAAACUUCUUCGUUUGCUUCAAUACUUCCCUCCAUCCGGUGUGUACUCUCGCAUUAUUACAACUUAUCCAGUUCUUGAUGUGGCUAUGGAGCCGACCAAGAACGUACAACAGAACAACGCGCAGAACGCUGUCUUGUUUGAGGCUAUUAACCUUAUCAUCCACCUCGACACGGAAGAAACGCUUAUGAAGCAGAUUUCAUCGCGUCUAGGAAAGUUCAUCCAAUCGCGCGAGACCAACAUCCGAUACCUUGGGUUGGAAGCUAUGACCCAUUUGGCAGCGCGGGCGGAGAACUUAGAUCCUAUCAAGCAACACCAAGAGAUAAUCCUUGGCUCUUUGAAGGAUAGGGACAUCAGUGUUCGGAGAAAGGGACUCGACCUCUUGUACAGCAUGUGCGACUUCACCAACGCGAGGGUUAUCGUGGGCGAGCUUCUCCAAUAUCUUCAGAAUGCCGACUUCGCCAUCCGGGAGGAGAUGGUGCUGAAGAUUGCGAUUCUGACGGAGAAAUACGCCACCGAUAUCAAGUGGUACGUGGACAUCUCGUUGAGGCUGAUCGCUAUGGCUGGCGAUCACGUUAGCGAUGAAGUUUGGCAACGAGUAAUCCAAAUCGUGACGAAUAACGAAGAACUCCAAGUCUACGCGGCGCAGCAUUCGCUGCAGUAUGUCAAGCAGGACCACUGCCACGAGACCUUGGUCAAGAUUGGUUCCUAUAUCCUCGGCGAGUUUGGCCACCUUAUCGCCGAUCAGCCCAGAUGCAGCCCGAUCGAGCAGCUCCUUGCUUUGCAGGGAAAGCUCGGCGCAUGCACUUCAAGCACGAGGGUCAUGAUUCUCUCUUGCUUCAUCAAAUUCGUCAACUUGUUCCCCGAAAUCAAGCCUCAACUCGUCAACAUCUUCCAAAUCUACAGCCACGCGAUCGAUGCUGAGCUUCAGCAGAGAGCUUGCGAAUACCUGGCUCUUGCGCAUAUGCCGACGGACGACCUUCUGAGAACAGUGUGUGAUGAGAUGCCGCCGUUUCCCGAAAGGCAGUCUGCGCUGCUCUCGCGUCUUCACCAAAAGCAUGCAAAUACUAGCGAUCGGAGAACUUGGAUUGUUGGUGGCAAGUCGGCCAACACUGACGCUGCCGAGGUUGGCAUGGUUAACAGUGGCGGCCUGAAGCGGAGCUUUAGCUCGGCGGCGACGGUUAAGGCUAAUGGCGGAGCAAAUGGUGGAGGUGCCAACGGUCACGGAAGUGGCAUAGGGGGAGGGGCAAGUGACCUUGCCGGCCUUGACAUGUCCAACAUCGGGUCGGCCGAGCCUAAGAUGCUCAAGGCGCCCAAUCUGGCCAGCGCAGCUCACUUGUCGCCCGGUUGGGAGCCUGGGUAUAACAGGCUGCUGGUUCGGUCCGACGGUGUCUUGUUCGAGGACGGUCAGAUCCAGGUUGGUGUGCGGUCUGAGUACCGUGGCCAGAUGGCGUGUCUUAUCCUGUACUUCAGGAAUAGGACGCCGGCAUUCAUGGGCUCGUUCACAACGACACUGGACCUCGAUGAGAGUGAGAAGAAGAACCUCACGUGGGACGUAAAGGGCCUUCCAGAAAGCAACAUUUCCCAAGGAGCGCAAUCCCAGCAGGUGAUCAUGUUCGAGGCCAAGAACGUGUUCGAGAAGAGCCCGACGAUCCGAAUCAGCUACCUUGCCGGUGCGCUGCAGGCGCUCACCUUGAAGCUACCCGUGGCCAUUCACAAGUUCAUGGACCCCGCUGACCUCUCGGCCGACGACUUCUUCAAGCGGUGGAAGCAGAUUGGCGGGGCGCCUCGCGAGGCGCAGCAGAUUUUUGGGCUUUCGCAUAGUAGAAAUGGGGACCGCGAGCUCACGGAGGGAUUCUUGAGGAGGAUCAUUGAAGGGUUCCGGUGGAGGAUCCUGGAGGGCGUGGAUCAUAACUCGAAGAAUUUUGUGGGAGCUAGCGUGCUGCAUACUUCGCAGGGCGGCAAGUUUGGUUGUUUGAUGAGGUUGGAGCCGAAUUACGGCACCCAGAUGGUACGCCUGACUAUUCGGGCCACUGACGAUAUCGUUCCCGGCAUACUACUCAAGUUGAUGGAAGAAAGGAUAGCUUCUGGCCAUUCGAACCAACCGGAGAUGAGAGGGCCCCAGGUUCCUACGCGAACCGAGAUAUCUGAUGCGUUUAAGAACGUCAUGGUAACAUAG